AUGAGCCGCCUUCCUCCACACUCAGGACAUGGUGGUGGGAAAGGAAUCAAAGUUCCGGCCUCUGUUAGUGUAAAUAGUAUAACUAAUGAACCAUCUUCUGUUUUUAAAAGUCCUCAUGCGCAUAAUAUCAAGAAAUGCUCAGCAAUGAUCGAAAUUUCGUGGGAUAGCUACAUCAAUGCCGAGACAUUCCCAGAAUUCAAUGAUGGGUACCGAGAAGACUUAUUUUUCGACAACGCUGACCAUGAUGCAUUAAUGGAAGAGUCCCAGUAUGCAAGGGAAUCAGAAAUGUAUGAACGUCAAGAGCGAAGACGGCGACUUCACUCCAAGUAUAGUGAAGCAAAAUCAAGAAGAUCUGCGAUGUAUCCAAAUCAACAACAACAAAAUGCGGCUGAUUGCAUUAUUGUAGGAAACAAUGGUGUUAAAUAUGCUGUAGUUGGUAAUCUGGGACAUGGCCAGUUCGGGCAAGUGUAUGCGGCAAUAGAAGUCACAUCAAAUUUAGCUAAUAAACCAAAAUACGCUAUAAAAGUUGCCAGACCAGGUCCAAUGUACAGACAACAAGCAUUUCGCGAGGUUCAAAUCUUAAAACAACUACAAAAGCUUGCAACGCCUGAUGAAUUAAAGUAUUGUAUUCAUUUUGUUGACUGGUUCAAUUUUAACGAUAGAUUAUGCAUCGUCAACGAACAUCUUUACAUUAAUCUCUUCGAAGUCAUCAAGAGACGUGGUUAUAGAGGCUUACCACUCCAAUUAAUUCAAUCCGCAACAAGACAACUUCUUUUUACUCUCAAGACCUUAGAAAAAUGUAACAUCGUACACUCAGACAUCAAGCCAGAGAAUAUUCUCCUCAAAGAUGAUAAAGGAAGCGAUAUAAAAUUGGUUGACUUCGGUUCCGCGAGAUUUAUACAGCAACCAGCAUCCAAUUACAUUCAGAGUAGAUAUUACAGAGCUCCUGAAGUUGUUCUGGGCUUGGAUCAUGAUUAUAAAAUCGAUAUAUGGAGUGCAGCUUGCGUUGCCUUCGAAUUGUUCAUUUCUAUGCCACUUUUCCCAGGCCAAAACGAAAUCCACCUACUGGAAUUGAUCGUAGCCUUUCUUGGCGAAUUUCCACCCGAAAUCGUCAAAAAAUCACCGAGACAGAACCUUUUCCAGAACGGAAAGCUCAAGAGCGAGGAACAGGUAUGCAUGGAAAACGGAACGCAGCCAGUGUAUUUCCAGAAAUACUUCCAAUACGACACAAUGGAGGAAAUUAUCCUUCAGUACGAGUACAUGUUCGGUAAUACACCUCAGGCAAGGGAAAGCGAGAGGAAACGUCGCUUGAUCUUCAUUGAUUUCUUGAGAAAAACUCUCAAUUUGAACCCAGAAAAGAGAUUGAAUGCGACUGAGGCUUUGCAACAUCCUUUCAUCACUUCUUAUCUUAGUAAGUUGUAA